GUGGGGACGAUCGCCCCGAGCACGACCUUUUGCCAGAUUCAUGCCACGACCCACUAGAGCAAGUCUGGAUGACAGGACGCCGUAGACAAUCGCGCGGUUCUAUCUAGCGCGAAUGGGAGCCACCGCCACGGUUCGUCCGGGUAAGGCCGAGGGGAUCCCAGGUGGUCGGUUUCAGCGCCAACGAGCAUGGUUCUGGCCGCCACCAUGUCCGACACUAGCAUCAGCAUCAUGCAUAGCGGGAAUAGCAUGUUUGGGCUUUGUCGCCCCUGGCCGGGGAUCUUCCCGGAGGCCCAUUAAUGAUACCUUUUCUCUUGCCUUGUCUUUCUUUGCCUGUGACGAACCCCAUGCUGUCCGCACUGAAUCGUAGCUUCUAAUAUUCCUCUUCCUUCGCGUUCAAAACAUCCUCCAGCUUUGUAUCCACGGCGCCACCAACAUCUCCGGCUUUGGCC